GUUGCAAGCCCACAUCCACAAUCUGGUUCGUUCACUCGCAGCACCACAAUCCCUAAUUCCACAUUUUCCCUUCGUUCACCAUUUCACCUCACCAGUUAGCGAAAAUUUCAAGUCCAACGACACUCACUUCGUGCAGGGGUGGUGCUACUAGUUUGUUGAAAGAGCAUCUUUUUUCAACCUCUUGAUUUCAUGAGUCACUAUUUUGAUUGAACAAGAGAUGAGAUUUAUGCCCCUUUCCAGAUUAAUUUUCCGUCUCCCUCGUCAUUAUACACAUGGGCCUUUGCAAUCUCGUGCCUUACAGACUGAUUCUGUUCUUAAAGAUCCUCAGGCUAAGCCAAUAAAGUACAAAAUUCCUCAAUUCUAUGAUCCCUAUGGCCCCAGACCUCCACCCUCAGAAAAAAUCGUUCAGCUUGCAGAACAAAUUGAAGCACUAUCAGAAGAAGAACGUGGUCAAAUUAUGCCCACUUUGUCAGAAAGAUUAAAGCUUCCAAAGUUGCAGCCAAUUUCCACAGAUGGCAUGGACAUGGGUACAGAAGGUGGUGGUGCUGCUGGACUGAAGGUUGAGGAGAAAAAGGCAGAGAAAACAGCUUUUGAUGUGAAGUUGGAGAAAUUUGAUGCUGCUGCAAAGAUCAAGGUGAUUAAGGAGGUAAGAGCAUUUACCAACCUAGGAUUGAAAGAGGCCAAAGAUCUUGUUGAAAAGGUUCCAGUUGUGCUAAAACAAGGAGUCACAAAAGAGGAGGCAAAUGAAAUAAUAGAAAAAAUAAAAGCUGCUGGAGGAGUUGCAGUCAUGGAGUAGAAUUUUGAUUGUUGGUUGAGAUCACAAUUCUUCAUUUCCAAUAUGUUUUUAAGUUGCCAUACGCGUGGUGAAUGACUGUUGGAAGAAAAUUAUAAAGGCACGAAGCAGAUUUAAGGGUUAAUAACCAAUUGUUGAAUAAUCUAUUUGAAUCAAUUUUUUCUUAGUUGAGUUUUCUGGUUAAUUACUGUAUCACUUAGAACUGCUGUGUUGGUUUGACAUUUGUAACACUCGUUUUGCCUAUCCUCUGCUCAAAUAUUUUCUUCCAGAGUGAAAUAUUUCUGGGAUCAUAGGGAAAAUUACUUUAUGGAAUUUCUUUUAGUUAUUUGAGAUUCCUGUGCUUGAUAUACUAAACUUGGUGGUCUUCUUUGGACUGGUGCCUGGUGGACCUCUUAUGAAGUAUUGUGCCUCCUUUUAUA